AUGAAUAAGGAUAUCGAUGCCGUUUAUAUACUGUCGCCGUUGCCCCAUAUUGUGGAUUGUGUCAUGGCAGAUUUCGAGCGCCGGCGCUAUAGGAAAUCUUUUUUGGUUUGGAUAUCAAAUCUCGACCCUCAGCUACGGAGCAGGAUAGAAAGAUCAAAUGUCGCGCGUGAUCAAAUUGCGGAUUUCCGUGUGAUGAAUAUCAAUUUCUUCCCGAGAGAAGCCCAUGUUGCUAUAUUCAGGGACCCCUGGAGCUUUCCGGUGCUCUUCCACCCCUCCUGUAACAACUUGAUAAGAGGUCAUCUCAAUGACUUGGCGCAAAGGAUUGUAUCGAUAUGCGUGUCGCUUGGCGAGUACCCGAUAAUCCGAUAUUACCGUCCGAAGAAUCCAACCCACGAAGCGAGUGUUCUUUGCUCUCACCUGGCUCGAUUUGUCCAAGACGAACUAGAUGAGUAUGCCAAACAAUGUCAAGAUUACCCGCCACCCUCACAGCGACCGAGAGGAAUACUUUAUAUUUUGGAUCGGACCAUGGAUAUUUACUCUCCUUUAGUUCAUGAAUUUACUUAUCAAGCCAUGGCUCAUGACCUCUUACCUAUAAAAGAGGGGGAUAAGAUAACCUACAAGACUACGUUAAACGAAGGCUAUCCAAACCAGGAGGUCAAGGAAAUGGAUAUAAGUGAGAAUGAUAGAAUAUGGGUUGACAGCCGACAUUUACACAUGAAGGAUUUACUUGGGAAGCUGGUUGAAGAUUUCAAUAAGUUUCGAGCAGACAACCCCCAAUUCAGCGACAGGGGCGCCACUGCAAACGUGAAUACUAUUAAGGACAUGCUUGCUGGAUUGACAGAAUUCCAAGAAGGGAAAAACUCCUACACUCUACAUCUUAAUAUGGCCCAAGAAUGCAUGAGAUUGUUUCAGGAGCUGAAAUUGGUAGAGGUUGCUUCGGUCGAGCAGUCGCUCUCCACCGGCCUGGACGAAAACUACCGAAAGCCAAAGAACCUGGCAGAUCAACUGGUUCGACAAUUAGAUGAAGACUGCAUUGGGCCGCCUGAACGUCUGAGGCUAAUUCUACUCUACCUCCUCUACAGAGAUGGGCUUCUUGCUGGAGAUAUCAAAAAGCUCCUUGCUCACUCCCAGCUUCCCCCUCAAGACGGUGAAGUCAUAUACAACCUCGAUCUAUUGGGCGCAAGAGUAGAAAAGCCUCUCAAAGACUCGAAGUCGAAACGCGAACCUUUGUUUCCACGGAAGCCACCCCCUCAAGUAUCAGAAGACGACACAAGCCUUUCCCGAUUCGAGCCUAACCUAAAACUGUUGCUAGAAGAACAGAACAAAGGCACCCUGGAUCCCACAAUAUUCCCGUAUACUCGACCCCAUCUCGACCCAGACGGUACCCUAGGCCAAGAGAAUGUCUCACAGGCAUCUCUUCGAAGCGCAAAACCAACCUGGGCCCGAACCCGUCCAUCUGCAGCAGAGCCCCGCCAGAGAGUCAUCCUUUUCAUGGCCGGUGGAGCGACUUUCUCUGAGGCCCGUUCGUGCUAUGAAAUAUCCAAAACCUCGUCCAAAGAUAUAUACCUGGCCACGUCACAUAUGCUCACCCCGAAACUCUUCCUACGUCAACUUGGGGACCUCAGCGUCGACAAGCGGCGGUUGGAUCUCCCUGCUGACCGCCCUCAACCAAAGGCCCCUGCACAUCUUUUCGAGAAGCCACCCCCCCCGCAAUCAUUGGUACCUCCAGCUCCUCCUACAGCAGGUUUGGCGUCGAUGACUAUUAGCUCCCGUGAUGCUGCGCGGAAAUCACCCAAUGGCUCUGUUGUUCAGCCGAGUCACCACCACCCUUCCCCAUCGCCAUUAGCGCAUGGCGGUAAAUUAGUUAAAAAGGAGAAGGACAAAGACAAGGAGAAAGACAAGGAGAAGAAGAAACGCAAUUUCUUCAAAUGA